AUGCGCUUGGGGAACAUCGAUCGGUGUCGGAAGAUCUACGGAAAGUUCCUUGAGGCUCACCCGCAGAACCCGAAGGCGUGGAACGUUUUCGUGGACCUCGAGGACUCCGUGGGCGAGCUGGACCGAGCGCGCGCGCUGUGUGAGCUGGCCAUCAGCCAGGAUCGGCUCGACAUGCCGGAGUUGGUCUGGAAGCGGUACAUAGACCUCGAGGUCAGCCACGACGAGUUCGAGGCGGCCAGGAAGGUGUGGCUGAAGCUGCUAGACAAAUCCAACCACGUGCGCGUCUUCAUAGCCUAUUCCGAGUUCGAGGCUGUGACCUGUGGAUCCAUGCCGCACUGCCGCGAGGCCAUGGAGAAGGGGAUCAAGCAUUUCAAGGCCGAGAACCGCGGCGACGAACGUGCGAUGCUCCUGGAGCAUUGGCUCAAGCUGGAGCGGGAGCACGGCGACGCCCCGAGUGCGGAGGCAGUCGAGAACAGGCUGCCGAAGAGGGUCAAGAAGAGGCGGAACGUCCCGGGGGCCGAGCCUGGGCAGGAGAUCGUCGAGGAGUACAUGGAUUACGUGUUCCCCGACGACAAGCCCGAACAGCAGAAUUUGAAGAUACUGGAGAUGGCUCGUGCAUGGAAGAAGCGGAAGCUGACUGCGUAG